AUGAAGACCCUAUUGACUUCGCUUCUGCCGGUCCUCGCUCUGCUCCUGACAGUAGAAGCAUCGCCAUGGAUCGGGACGCAGUACAUUGCCGUCACAGAGACUGUUUUGAUUGAGGGCUUCACGGGCACGUAUAUCACGGAGGACCCCGUGGUCAGAACCCAAACCAUCCAAAUCUCGCCCACAGUUACUGCGCCUUCCGUCAUCAGCACCCUCACCCAGAUCGUGGACUACAGCUCCCAAGUCACAGCCGUCAACCUGGUCGUCGCGCCGACAGCAGGCAUUGAGGCCACUGCAAACCACCUAGUCGACUACUAUGUCAGCGUCACCUACACGGCACCGGCCUCAUGCUCCUACACUCGAAACCAAACGCUCACCACCACCAUCCCCGUCAACGUCCCCUACUACGCCGAUGGUCUCGUUGAACCAACCUGGAUGUCGACGACAGUGGAGAAAUUCUCCUACAUCACGGGCUCGAUCACCGAGAUCAACGCCUUGCUCGAUCCCACCGCGAUCCCCGCAAGUGUCUUUUCCUCUGCGAGUUCUUACUACAAGCCCGCAUACUACACCUCAUGCUACAGCUACUACAGCGAUUCAGGAAGCACGGGGUACCGAAGCGAAGGGUCGGACUACUCAGGCUGCACGGAGUUCACCUGGUACUUUGGCGCCUCGCCUUUCUCGGGCGGUUACUGCUGCUCCGAUGGAUGCCAUUAUACAUGGGGUAUCACACCUUGGGGGCUGGCAUUGGCAAUUUUCUUCGGCUGGUUCGGUCUUUUCCUCAUAAUCGGGCUGGUCGAGAGCUGGUUCAUCUAUCGCCGGGCCAUGCUAGGUCAAAAGGUCCGUCGGGGUCUACCAUAUGCAUUUGCCUGUCUGUGUCCGAUUCUGUCCUGCCUGUUUCUUCUAUCAGUAAAGAGACACCCUCCUAAAACACCGGACCAGCAAGCAUUCUUGGCUGCUCGGUGGGCCGAGAUGUCGUCUGGGAAGAAGUUCAGCUCCUGGUUUAAGAACAUGUUCAGCAGAAAGGACCCUACUGCCGAGGCUCUCGGCUUCACGACUGCGAUGCCGCCUCAGAUGCCGUACCCACCUCAGGAUCCGAAUCAGUGGUAUCCUGCGCCUGGUGCACCCGGUGCGCCUGGGAUGCCACCCAUGGCCACUUACUCCCCGCCUCCUCAGCCCGGACAUCCAGGACAUCCUGGGCCGACGGAUGCUCCCAGAGGAGAAGAGCUGGAUGGAGAGCCUAAGACGAUUGCUGUCAGCGAGAGUGAGCGGAAUGACCGGGCAUGA